UCUUUAUUUACGUUCUCUUGUAGUAAAGACUUCACACAGUAUUUGCAGUUCUUAGGCCUAUAUCAUUACGUAUUGUCAUCUUAUUAUUUACAUAGUAUUAGCAGUACAUCAUUAUGUAUUGUCAUUAUAGUAUGGUGUCAUCCAUUAAUUGAUUUAUGCUUGUACUUUGACAGAAAUUUGUAUUUGUAUAUUUCAGUUUAUGGUACAACACAGCAUGGCAGUUCAGCUUCAGGAUUUUGAAAUACGAAGAGCCUGUAAUAUUUAUAAAGUUUAUUCGACAAAGAUUUUGGUAAGAACAUUUAGAAACAAAAUAGUGCCAACAAAGUACAUCGUUCAGGCUUUGGGAAAUAUGAAGAACCUGUAAUAUCUGUAAAGUUUUCAAGUUACUUGACAAAGAUUAUUUUGAAGGUUUUACUUAAAUCAGAAACAAGAUAGUGUCAACAAAGUACAGUCAGAGUUUGAGUUAUCUUAUCUUAUGACCACAUCCCGCAGGCUUCUAGCUCGGCAUUACCAGCCAAUGAAUAAGGCUUCUAGCCAGUGAAGAAAGCUUCCAGCCCAGCAUUACCAGCCAGUGAAGAAGGAUUUGAGCCAAUGCUAAGUAUAACUAUUGGACCAGCUGAUAAGGAACACCUUUCUAUGGAUAUUAUCUAUAUUUCCUGACUUUAUGUUCCUCUCAAUUCCUUGAAAACUGAUGUGGCACAAUGAGUUAGACGCUAACUUGCUUACCUGAAGGUCUAGGUUUAGAUGAUAUUUUUAAAAUUUUCAACCCGGUUUGUCCCCUGUCAGUAAUGCAAGCCAAAGGAGCUAACAUGGAAAAAACGUCCAGUCGUUUGGAUGGGACAAUUAAAGGAGGCCCUGUGUUCUACAGGCUGUCCCUAAACAGUUGGAAUUUGAAUUAGAGUAGGCUAAUGCCGCUGUCCUGGAAUUCCCUCAUUGUACAAUAUAUAUUCAGUUUGAUCAAGUAGAUACAUAGAUGAAAAAAGCAUUAAGGAAUAUUUUCAAGUAUAAUU